AGCCUCGGAGUUGCAGGCCUCAGUUUUAAAGAACGCAGAGCCACGUUAGUCUCUUCGGGCAAAUAAGAACACAGAGACCUUUUCCACCUCCAAAUUUAACGCGCCGACAGGCGGAAGACCUAGCGGGUCCGGUUCAGAAAAGAGCCCGCCGUGCCCACGAGCCCGGGAAUAAAAGAUCCUGGCGUUUCUCCUGGCCGCCCGGUAGGAAAGGCAGCAUCGCAGGCUGCCAGCUCCGGACAGUUAUGUCCCGAGCCCGUCUGCGGCCUGGUCACUUAGGACCGGGCGAAGAAGGAAGCUCAGAGGGGCGGGUUUUUCCUGACGGGGAGCAAUGACUGCAACGUACCGGAAGCGGGACUGUGGGAGGCCCGCUGGGGCGGAGGAGACGUGGCUGGCUGUGAGGGGCUGAGAGCACUUCCCCGGGCUUUUGGGCUGGGGAGGCCGCCCCUCGGUGCCUCCUCACGUAUCCUCGCUGGCCCAGCAGGCCUAGCAGCGUGGGGCGGCGACGGCGGCGGCGGCCGGGGCUGGGAGCGUUGGCGGCCGGGGUCCCAGCCAUGGCCGAGGCUGUGGAGCGGCUGCAGCAGCGGGUAGAGGAACUGGAGCGGGAACUGGCCCAGGAGAGAAGGCGGCGGGCCCUGGGGGGCGGCGACGGAGGAGGCGGCCGGGCCCGCAUCGAGAAGAUGAGCCCCGAGGUGGUGGACUCCAACCCCUACAGCCGCCUGAUGGCAUUGAAACGAAUGGGAAUUGUAAGCGACUAUGAGAAAAUUCGUACCUUUGCUGUAGCAAUAGUAGGUGUUGGUGGAGUUGGUAGUGUGACUGCUGAAAUGCUGACAAGAUGUGGCAUUGGUAAGUUGCUACUCUUUGACUAUGACAAGGUGGAACUGGCCAAUAUGAACAGACUUUUCUUCCAGCCUCAUCAAGCAGGAUUAAGUAAAGUUCAAGCAGCAGAACAUACUUUGAGGAACAUUAAUCCUGAUGUUCUUUUUGAAGUCCACAACUACAAUAUAACCACAGUAGAAAAUUUUCAACAUUUCAUGGAUAGAAUAAGUAAUGGUGGAUUAGAAGAGGGAAAAUCUGUUGAUCUAGUUCUUAGCUGUGUGGACAAUUUUGAAGCUCGAAUGACAAUAAACACAGCUUGUAAUGAACUUGGACAAACAUGGAUGGAGUCUGGGGUCAGUGAAAAUGCAGUUUCAGGGCAUAUACAGCUCAUAAUUCCUGGAGAAUCUGCUUGUUUUGCGUGUGCUCCACCACUUGUAGUUGCGGCAAAUAUUGAUGAAAAGACUCUGAAGCGAGAGGGUGUUUGUGCAGCCAGUCUUCCUACCACUAUGGGAGUCGUUGCUGGGAUCUUGGUACAAAAUGUGCUAAAGUUUCUGUUAAAUUUUGGUACUGUUAGUUUUUACCUUGGAUACAAUGCAAUGCAGGAUUUUUUCCCUACUAUGUCCAUGAAGCCAAAUCCUCAGUGUGAUGACAGAAAUUGCAGGAAGCAGCAGGAAGAAUAUAAGAAAAAGGUGGCAGCACUGCCCAGACAGGAAGUUGUUCAAGAAGAGGAAGAGAUAAUACAUGAGGACAACGAGUGGGGUAUUGAGUUGGUAUCUGAGGUUUCAGAAGAGGAACUGAAAAACUCUUCAGGACUAGUUCCUGACUUACCCGAAGGAAUCACAGUGGCAUAUACAAUUCCCAAAAAGCAAGAAGAUUCUGUACCUGAGUUAACAGUGGAAGAUUCUGGUGAAAGCUUGGAAGACCUCAUGGCCAAGAUGAAAAAUAUGUAGAUAUAAUGGACUGCCCUAUAUUUUAUUUCCUGUGUUUAAACCUAUUCCCUUGAAAUUUAAAAAAAUUUUAAAACUGAAAAACUUAGGGCAAUAUCAGUUGAUGUAUAAUCUUCACUAAUUAUUACACUUUUUGAAAAUUCUGUGACUGUUGCUUGUUGUGUCCCCCCACCCCCACCAAACUAAAUCAGUAACUCUCUUAAAACUCAGGUUUCAUUCUAGUAAGAAAACUUCAAAGGAUUAUUGUAGGCAGUUAUGAAUCUUAUUGAAAACUUAGCCAUUGAAAUGUUUUGGCCUUUUGGGAGGGUCGGAAGAAAGGACCAAUUUGAUGCUCUAUUCCUUUUCUUUCCAGUAAUCCUUUGUGGUCUGUAGCCUGAGGCCAUGGACAAUAAAGUAGUACGUGGUCCUCAGAUAUAGAGAAAAGGACAAGAGGUACAACCUGUUGAUUAGAGCUAGCAGGCAUCCACUCACUGUGUUUGGAAUUGCUCUCUACAAGAAAACUGCCCACUUACUACUAACUUGGCCAAGAAUGAAUUGAACGUAGUUGACCUGUAAAAAACAUCCAAUGUUUCCUGAUGAAAUACAAGCUGAAAUGUAGUCACUGGAAAAGUUUGUAAGUUCAUAUAUUCAAAACAAGACAAAGGCAAGUAAAAUGAAGCUUUCUUCAUAGACAGACUUUCAGGAAGUACAAAUUAUAUUUCUGCACUGACCAGGGAAAAGAAAUCAUUGCAUCUGUGGAACAUAUAUCUGGAGUCACUGUACUUUGAGGAGCAAGGGAUAAAUUUAGGCUAAGACCAUCUAGGUUAUACCCAACAUAUGGGCCACCUUCUCAAUACUUUGUUUAAAUCUGUUUCCCUAGGUAAUUAGAGAUUGGCAAAGGUUUAUCCUGGAUAGUGGGCAUAAAAGAGGCGUAAAUUGUCUCUGCAAUGACUGAUAUGUAUUUAUUCACUGAAAAAGUGACUAUCAUUUUCCCUGAUCUUGACCACUAAAUUGUAAAUUGGUAAACUGGUUUUCUCUGUAGUUGUAUACAAAUAAUGGAGGCUUAGAGAACCUUCGUUGAAAUAAAUUCCCAACGGUUUGGAGACCAAUAAAGAACAUGCAUGUGUAACCUUA